AUGUUGUUGCCAAAAGGUGGAGUGAAUUGGAAGUCCGCCAGAGCGGGCUUGCCCCCAUGGAGGGCCGUCCUCGUUCUCCUGACGCGGACUCGCUUUUUGGUCUCGAUCGCCGUCACAGGUCUUAUUAUUCUGCUGUGGCGCGGUGUCAGCAAGUCUGCCUCUGAGAUGCAAAAUUUCUACUGCUACGGUUCCUCCAAGUCACCCAUGGAGAUGAGUCUCAAUGAGAUGGUGGCAUGGAAUGCUCACGCUCAAACACCUGUCCUCUUCAAUCACCACGAACCUCUCGAAGUCAACAGCACUUCCAUCUCGGAAGUCGACUUGAACCCCAUUAAAUCCACCAACAAGGCCUUCUUCAACCGCGAGCGCGUUCUCAUUCUGACCCCUCUGCGCGACGCUGCCCCCUACCUCGAGCAAUACUUCAACCUUCUCUACAAGUUGACCUACCCUCACGAAUUGAUUGAUCUGGCCUUCCUUGUCGGCGACUCCAAGGAUGAGACUCUCGCCACUCUUGCCGCCGAACUCGACCGCAUUCAAAACCACGCCGAUGAAAAAGUCCGCUUCCGCAGUGCCACCGUCAUCAAGAAGGACUUUGGUGCCGAGACUGAGAUGACCGUGGAGGAGCGACACUCUUUUGCUGCCCAGGGCCCUCGUCGCAAGGCUAUCGGCCGUGCCCGCAAUUAUCUUCUUUACUCGGCCUUGAAGCCUGAUCACUCAUGGGUCUACUGGCGCGACGUCGAUAUUACCGAUUGCCCCGAGCGCAUUCUGGAGGAUUUUAUGGCCCACGAUAAGGAUAUUUUGGUGCCCAACAUUUGGUUCCACCGCUACCGCGAUGGUCACGAUAUUGAGGGUCGCUUCGACUACAACUCCUGGAUCGAAUCCGACAAGGCCCGCCGCCUGCGUCAAACUCUCGACCCCGACACUAUCCUUGCCGAGGGUUACAAGGAGUACGACACUGGUCGAACCUACUUGGUCAGCAUGGGCGAUUGGAGAAAGAACAAGGAUGAGGAGGUUGAGCUUGAUGGUAUUGGUGGUGUCAACAUUCUCGUCAAGGCCGAUGUUCACCGCUCCGGUAUCAAUUUCCCUGCAUAUUCAUUCGAGAACCAAGCCGAGACGGAAGGCUUCGCCAAGAUGGCCAAGCGUGCUGGCUACCAGGUCAUUGGUCUCCCCAACUACGUGGUCUGGCACAUCGACACCGACGAGAAGCCCGGCAACUUGGGAGAUCGCAAGGCGUACUAG